AUCCAUGAUAUGAGACUAAUUCAUAAAGAUCUUCAUUCAGGCAAUAUUUUAAUUGAUGGGGUUACACUUAUAAGUGAUUUUGGUUUUUGCAUCCCAACAAAUAAAACUUCAUCAGAUUCAAAUGUCUAUGGAGUAAUGCCAUAUAUGGCACCUGAAAUAUUACGUGGAGAACAACAUACGUUAGCGUCUGAUGUAUACUCUUUAGGUAUCAUCAUGAAUGAAAUAGUUACUGUAACCACACCAUUUAAUAAUCAACCACAUGAUCGUUUUCUUGUACUGGAUAUUUGUCGGGGUUUACGUCCA